GAGAAUUUGGGGCCCGCUAUCUUCAGGUCACUGCACUGUUCGGUAAACAGGUUACAUAAGCGCCAACACCGCCAACUUCAAGCACUUGCCGGCACUUGGAGUUUAUAGUCAUUCGCCCAUUCGGGUAGCGCGCAGCAGCAAGUGUCGGUCGCACAGGUUGCACAAGUUAACCAGCUGACGUGGAUCGCGGCAAGUGUGUCAACGAGGGAAGUGUAUCCGAAGGCGUAAAUCAACUGAUCUGCAAUCAUGUGCUCCGCGAAGACACCGCGCAUCCUCUCGAUCCAGAGCCACGUAGUAUCAGGAUACGUCGGCAACAAGAGCGCUACUUUUCCGUUGCAGCUAUUAGGCUUUGAGGUUGAUGCGAUUAACUCUGUACAAUUGUCCAAUCAUACUGGUUAUAAAGUAUUUAAAGGCCAAGUACUCAAUGAUAAAGAUUUAGAGGACCUAGUUGAUGGCCUAGCGCAAAAUGACUUGGACAAUUAUACGCACUUACUUACUGGAUACAUCGGUUCGGCUUCCUUCCUGAAAAGAGUGGCGUCACUAGUCACGAUUCUAAAAACCAAAAAUCCAAAUAUUACAUACGUUUGCGAUCCUGUUAUGGGCGACAAUGGCAAGAUGUAUGUCCCAGAAGCAUUGAAAGAAAUUUACAAACAGGAGGUAGUGCCAUUGGCGGAUGUAGUAACUCCAAACCAGUUUGAAUUAGAAUUACUUACAGAUGAAAAAGUCACUAAUAUGAACGAACUGCAAAAUGCGAUUAAAAAGUUACAUCAGAAGGGACCAAAAACUGUAGCUGUAUCGUCAACUGAGCUCAGUGAUAAACUGACAGCAGUAGUGAGCACCGCGAAAGAUAACACGUUGAUGAAAGUAGACAUUCCUAAAAUACCAGCAACUUUCACGGGUUCCGGAGAUCUCUUUGCCGCACUAUUUCUUGCUCAUGUAUACUUGCAAAGUGACAUGAAAGCCACCAUGGAAAAAACUAUAAAUUCUCUGUAUAGCGUGCUGCUUAAUACGUAUGAAUAUUCUAAAGUGUAUACGGAUACCGAAGCACAACGGGCUAGAAAAAUUGAAUUACGACUCGUACAAAGUAAAAACAGUAUUGAAAAUCCAGAAAUUCGUUUGCUUGCGGAAUCUUUAUAAUAUACAUGAAGUAUGUUGUGGGGAGUUAAGAGUAGUAGUUAAGAGAAAUGCUUAAGUGUUGCUUACUAAAAGAAAAAUAUAUAUUUUUUAAUUUUCUUGAAUAUACGUACAGUUACAUAAAACUAUAUAUGCAUGUAUAGUUUAUGUAAAGUUAUCUUAGUAAUUAAACACUUGUUAAGAUAUGUGUGACGCGUGGCAUGGUAUAGGAGCGAAAACUCGCAAUCAGCGGGUUUCAGGUUCGGUUCCAAUUUACGCAUGUCUCAGUUUAUAGGAGCUUAAUUAAAGAGUUGAGAGUUGUGAACGAAAGAGAUUAAAUGGUAAAUAGUUUUGAGAAUCCAUUUACUUACUGUAUAACUAUAUAAGUACUUGUUAAAUAGCAUUUACAAUAAUGUGGAGGUUUUUCCAAAGAUCAAACCCCAAAGACCAACGUGUAUGUCUUCCAAAAUGUAUAAAACUAGUUUAUUUAUAUAUAUAACCUGACUAACUUGCAAUAGGUUCAUGGCAAAUAUUGUUUCUACUCUGUAUUUAAAUAAAUCUGAAAUCUCUUGAA